CCGUGAUUUCUCAGAGUUAGGUCAUGGACUCAACCCGAUUCCUCUUUUUUCUUUUCCUUUUCUUCUCUCUUCUGACACGGUAGCCCACUUCGGCCCAGGCCGCGGUGCGUGCGUAAUGGCGUCUCCCAGAUUGGAGACGUUCUGUUGCCCGAACCGGGACCCUGCGACCGACUUUGUGGUAACUUUCCAGCCUGUCCUUUUCGUAGCUUUAACUUUAGGAAGCGCUGUGUUCAGUGCCAUUUCAGCUAUCAUACAAAUUUUGCCAAAACGCAAAGGAUACAGAAGACUUGGACAGAACCCUCUGCCUCGACCUGCCUCCUCUUCAAGAAUCCUCUUCAUCAUCAGCAUCUGUGACAUUCUGGGAUGCGCAGGUAUUAUAUUAAGGUCCUGCGUUUGGCUGGGUGUACCCAACAUCAUUGAAGAGAUCUCAAUGGCGAACAACACUAAAGUGUGGCCGGAGGUCUUCUGUGUCAGCAGUGCAAUGUGGAUCCAGUUGUUCUUUAGCGCCUCUUUUUGGUGGACUUUUUGUUAUGCUGUUGACGUAUUUCUGGUGGUGAAAACAUCAGCAGGGAUCAGCACCAUUAUCUUGUAUCACAUGAUCACUUGGGGUCUGGCAGCUCUGCUUUGUGUUGAAGGCGUGGCCAUGCUCUACUAUCCAUCCAUCUCGGAUUGUGAGCAGGGCCUGCAGCAUGCCGUGCCCCACUACGUCACUACUUAUGCGCCAAUGCUCCUGGUCCUCAUAGUAAACCCUGUGUUCUUUAGCCGAACCACAUCCGCAGUUACAUCUUUACUGAAAGGUCGUCAAGGAAUAUACACAGAGAAUGAGAGGAGGCUAGCCAAUGAAAUCAAAAUGCGUUUCUUUAAAAUAAUGCUGGUUUUCUUCAUAUGCUGGCUGCCCAACAUCAUCAAUGAAUGUCUGCUCUUCUAUCUGGAGAUGCAGACGGACAUCAAUGACAGCACUUUCAGGAAUAUCAGGAAUGCUGCUCUAAUCACAUGGUUUAUAAUGGGUAUCCUAAAUCCGAUGCAGGCCUUCCUCAACACUCUGGCCUUCCACGGUUGGACUGGGUGCCACAUUGACCUGAGCCUGCAGAGGAGGAGAGAGCUGACCUGGGACUCAGUGUCUACGUCAGCCCCAAACACAACAGGCCAUAACACUCUGGAAGGGACCACCUUGCUGUACCAGAGCCAUGUGCAGGAUGUGAAGAGGAACAUGGUCAGUAAUGGGCAGCACCAGUCCGAUGCCAUCAGUGUGCUGUCUGAAGGUUCAGAGUCUAGUACAAUUGAAAUCCACAUUUCCAGUGAGCUACGAGAGUAUGAAGACAUAGAUGCUGAUGGAGAAUCCUUGGGGACCUCUGUAAGACAUUAGCUGGGUCCAUCCCUCAUCACUGCUGUGUGCCUUUGUGCCUUGUGUUCUGCUAUAUUAUAAACAAUAGUAUAGACAUUAUAGAAAUUAGAAAAGAAAAUGUACUUUACAUAUCAGAAUGUAUCUUCAUUAGAAGAAUUCUAUAGAGUUCUCUUUAAGUCCCAUUAGCUCAACAUUCAGAGCUUUACAUAUCAUAUUAAAAUGGUUACUUGAAGACAAUAUUGUCCAUGGCAGUGGUAUAAUCUAUGGUGAAAGUGCAAUAAGAUGAAAAAACACUUUACACUACAUUGUUGUAUUCACUAAAUAUGUAGGUAGGUUAUGUUUUUAUGUUUUUUCUUAUGUAAUGUUCAUUUAUAAAUAAAAACACAAACAAGACAA